AUGAAUUAUAUUAUCUACGGUUUCGAACCUAUUUAUCGAUUGAAACUCUUGAUCGCCUUCGCCCUGGUGGCAGCCGUCAGCGCUGACGUGUCCCAUCUGUUCUCGAACAGCGACAACCUGCAAGAGGAUGGAUACCACUACCAGCAGCCAGCCAAGCAGUUCGUCAUCGAUGUGCCACAGACCUAUGAGCAGCCCGCUCCAGUUGUCUACCAGCAGCCAGCUCCAGCUCCAGUCUACCAGAAGCCCGCUCCCGUUGUCUACGAGAAGCCCGCUCCAGUUGUCUACGAGCAGCCAGCUCCAGUCUACCAGAAGCCCGCUCCUGUUGUCUACGAGCAGCCAGCUCCAGUCUACCAGAAGCCCGCUCCUGUUGUCUACGAGAAGCCAGCUCCAGUCUACCAGAAGCCCGCUCCUGUUGUCUACCAGAAGCCCGCUCCCGUUGUCUACGAGCAGCCUGCUCCUGCUGGCAUCCUGAAGGAAGAUGGAUAUCAUUAUGGCCAGCCUGCUGUCAAAUUCGAACCGACUCAGGAAUACCUGCCCCCAGUUGUCCAGAAGCCUGUCUACAAGCCAGCUCCAGCUCCAGCUCCCGUCUACAAGCCAGCUCCAGCUCCAGUUCCUGUCUACAAGCCAGCUCCAGCUCCAAUUGCGCCCGUGUACAAGCCCCAGCCCCCCGUCAACGAGUACCUGCCCCCAGUUGUCCAGAAGCCAGUCUACAAGCCAGCUCCAGCUCCAGCUCCUGUCUACAAGCCAGCUCCAGCUCCUGUCUACAAGCCAGCUCCAGCUCCUGUCUACAAGCCAGCUCCAGCUCCAGUUCCCGUCAACGAGUACCUGCCCCCAGUUGUCCAGAAGCCAGUCUACAAGCCAGCUCCAGCUCCAGCUCCUGUCUACAAGCCAGCUCCAGCUCCUGUCUACAAGCCAGCUCCAGCUCCUGUCUACAAGCCAGCUCCAGCUCCAGUUUACCUGCCCCCAGUUGUCCAGAAGCCUGUCUACCAGCCAGCUCCAGCUCCAGUCUACAAGCCAGCUCCAGCUCCAGCUCCAGUCUACAAGCCAGCUCCAGCUCCAGCUCCAGUCUACAAGCCAGCUCCAGCUCCUGUCUACCAGCCAGCUCCAGCUCCCGUCUACCGCCAGCCAGAGCCUGUUGCCCAAGGACCUAAGGGCUACAGCUACCCCAACGAUCCCCAGCCAUCUUUCGACUUUUAG